AUGGGCCACCACCUCCACCACCACGACGGUGGCGAUGGCGUCCCACAACAUGUCAAUAGCCCACGAUUCUCCGGUCCCAUGACACGUCGUGCUCAAUCCUUCAAACGCGGCGGCUCCGGAGGCGGCAGCAGCAACAACAACAACAGCAACACUCACGUCGUCGGCGGCGGCGAUAAUAAUAACACCAGCUCGAGCGCGAACAAUCACUCCUCCACCUUGAGAGUUCACCACGAGAUCGAUGUACUGCUUAACUCGCCGAGAUCAGAGAUCGUUUCCGGUCCGGGCUCAGAUCCGAGCACUGUGUUUGAUUCGGCGAUCAAUAGAAAGCACCAGACGUAUGGUCAGUUGCGGGAGAGAGUUGUGAAAGGUUUAUUGAGGAAGCCGAUGGGAUCGGUGGUUUCGGAAUUCAGCUUGAGAGAGAGGAAGAAGCUUGGGCAUUGGAUGUUCUUCGUCUUCUGUGGUGUGUGUUUGUUUAUGGGCGUUUUUAAGAUUUGUGCUACUGGUUGGUUUGGAUCUGCCAUUGAUGGUGCAGCCUCUGAUCAGGAUUUACCCAAUUCGAUUCCUCGAGUAAAUCUACUAGAUCAUAGCUCUCAUGAUUAUAUCUAUAAAGAUGGAGGAAACGAUGUUGAUCCAAGUUUGGUUACGGUUGCUUCAGGCGUGAUGGAUGGUGAACAACACAGUGUGGUUGAAUAUUCAGGUGUGUGGGCAAAACCUGAGAGUGGGAAUUUCUCGCAGUGCAUUGACAGUUUAAGGAGUCGUAAAAAGUUAGCUGCUAAUACGAAUGGGUACCUUCUCAUAAAUGCAAAUGGAGGACUAAACCAAAUGAGAUUUGGGAUAUGUGAUAUGGUUGCUGUGGCUAAAAUCAUGAAGGCAACUUUGGUUCUUCCCUCACUUGAUCACAGCUCUUAUUGGGCAGAUGACAGUGGCUUUAAGGAUCUGUUUGAUUGGCAACACUUCAUUGAGGAGUUGAAGAAUGAUAUUCACAUAGUCGAGAUGCUGCCAUCAGAAUUAGCUGGAAUCGAUCCUUUUGUUAAGACACCCAUAUCAUGGUCUAAGGUUGGUUACUACAAGAAAGAAGUCCUUCCGUUGUUGAAACAGCAUAUCGUAAUGUACUUAACUCACACUGAUUCCCGGCUCGCCAACAACGACCUGCCUGAUUCUGUACAAAAGCUUCGUUGCCGAGUAAACUACAGAGCGCUGAAAUAUUCUGCUCCAAUAGAGGAACUUGGAAACGUUCUAGUUUCUAGAAUGAGGCAGGACAGAGGUCCAUACCUUGCUCUUCAUUUAAGGUAUGAGAAGGAUAUGUUGGCUUUCACAGGCUGCAGUCAUAGUUUGACAGCUGAAGAAGACGAAGAAUUACGGCAGAUGCGGUAUGAGGUUAGUCACUGGAAAGAGAAAGAAAUAAACGGAACAGAGAGGAGAUUGCAAGGUGGUUGUCCCUUGACUCCUAGAGAAACCUCGCUUUUGCUGAGGGCUUUGGAUUUCCCGUCCAGCUCUCGGAUCUACCUCGUAGCCGGUGAUGCUUACGGAAACGGAAGCAUGGAUCCUCUCAACACAGACUUCCCCAACAUCUUCUCACACUCAACUCUUGCCACUAAAGAAGAGCUGAGUCCGUUUAAUAAUCACCAGAACAUGUUGGCUGGUUUGGAUUACAUCGUUGCACUUCAGAGCGAAGUGUUUCUCUACACUUACGAUGGGAACAUGGCGAAAGCGGUUCAAGGUCACAGGCGAUUCGAGAACUUCAAAAAGACCAUAAAUCCAGACAAGAUGAGCUUUGUGAAACUUGUUGAUGCAUUGGACGAGGGAAGAAUUUCGUGGAAAAAGUUCAGUUCCAAAGUGAAAAAGCUGCACAAAGACAGAAAUGGAGCUCCGUAUAACAGAGAAUCCGGCGAGUUCCCGAAGCUGGAAGAGAGUUUCUACGCGAAUCCUCUUCCCGGAUGUAUCUGCGAAGAGACUGAAGAAGAAGAUAAUAGUAUGCGACGGAUAUAA